AUGGCAUCGCCUGCAACUGGUAACAAUAGUAGUACUAAUACUUUUACAACCACAUCUGCUACAACCGUUGCAGAUGCAACAAUACAACAGUUAGAACCUCCACCGAAAAAACUUGAUAAAGGAAAAGAGAAAAUGACUACAUUCCAACCUGACUACUCCACAAACAAUCCUUUUUUAAAAAAAUUGGAAGAUCAUAAUAUGGAUGCUACUAAUAUUGAUACAUCAAAAUUAAUUUCUCAAUUUCAAUCAUCCAGUUCUUCAUCAUCUUUAACUUUUGAGGAUGAAUAUGUUGAAUCAGUUUUACCCAAUAAUAAACGUAAAAGAGACAAUAAAAGUAUCAUGGAUAUGUCAGAUUCCAAUAAUCAAGAGAGUAAAUAUAUGGGUGAAUGUCUCAUUCAUCAAGAAGGAUGCGUUAUAUUAGAUAAUGAAAAACAUUUUGUUUUGAAUAAUGUUUUAUAUCGUCACUGGGCCAGUUUGGUGGCAUCAGGAGAUGAUUACAAUAUUGAUUCAUUGCCAGUUGCACCAGAAUUAGAUGAGUUUGAUGAAUCUCAUGCACCAGAACAAUUUGUAAUAACAAUAAUAACAACAAAGCGGUCUUUACCACAAGAAAUAAACAAAGACCAUUCAAUUACACCAUUACAAAAAUUGUUAGCUGCUUAUAAAACACCAUUUGAUGUAAUAAAGACUAGAUCACAAUCACAAAAUGUUUCCAAUAAUAAUACAUUUUCAGAUAUCAAACCAUUAGCAUCAACAUCAUAUUCAUCAACAUCAUUGGCAUUGCCAUCAUGUUGUCAUCAAAUUUCAGAUGCAACAGCAACUCUACCACCUUCUACUCAGAAAGUGGAUAGUAUUGUUAAAAUUGCUUGUUAUAAGGGGAUUAUGGUGAGGUCUAUCACCAUCACUGUUAGUUAUGAUCAUACAAUAGACAAGUUAUGGGCAAAUUGGAAAGGAAAAUAUUCCGAAGUUUAUUCACCAUUAAUUGCAGGAGCUACACCAAAAACUACUUCUGCAUCAAUAAUAUCACAAUUAGAACCGUUUCGAAUCAAAUCCCAAGGAUCUGAAAGUAUAAACGGUUUGAGAGGAGUAUUGAAUGGUGUACAAACAAUGAUUUUCAACAAUGUCAACAAUGUUGAAGUUAGAUUUUUGAGUGGUGAUAUUUCUGGUGAUGUAGCAUUGAUUGCUACGCCUUUUGAUGUAUCUAAAACUAUGCGACAAGUUUCAAUAAUUCAAUGUAGUAGGUUUGAGCGAUGA